AUGAUUACUUCAACCUCUGCCCUCUCGAAUGUGCCUCCUUCUGUGACCGCUUCAGCCGCACCCACCAACAACCCGCCUAGCUCUGCCGCAAGUGUCAGAAAUGCAACUACCUCAGUCCCAGGAGGUAGUCUGACCCUCAAACGAAAUCUACGUUCUGCGUUUAACGAGCCUGCCGAUACUAAAAUGUCGUCCAUGGGAUAUACUAGCCAACGGCGCAUCAACGACAACUACGAUGUAGUAGGCUUCAUUAGUAGUGGCACCUAUGGCAGGGUGUACAAGGCCCGCAACAAAUCUGGCAGAGGCGCCCAUCCGGUUUUGAGUCGAAAUUCUGGAAACCCCAUCGAGGCUUUUGCUAUCAAANAACCCGACAAGGAAGGAGAAUUACAAUACACGGGCAUAUCACAGUCCGCUAUACGAGAGAUGGCUCUCUGCACAGAACUGUCCCACGAGAAUGUUAUCUCGCUUGUUGAGAUUAUCUUGGAAUCGAAAUGCAUAUUCAUGGUCUUUGAAUAUGCAGAGCACGACCUCUUGCAGAUCAUACAUUGGCAUACGCAACAUCCUCGGACUCCGAUCACGGCGCCAACGCUACGCUCCAUUAUGUAUCAGCUCCUGGAAGGGCUUCUCUAUCUACACCGUAACUGGGUUAUGCACCGAGAUCUCAAGCCUGCCAACAUCAUGGUUACAUCUGCCGGAGUCGUCAAGAUCGGUGACCUGGGCCUUGCACGACUGUUCCACAAGCCACUCCAAGCCUUGUUUGGUGGUGACAAGGUGGUUGUGACCAUCUGGUAUCGAGCACCUGAACUACUGCUCGGAAGUCGGCAUUACACGCCAGCGAUCGACACAUGGGCAGUGGGCUGCAUAUUCGCCGAGCUUCUGAGUCUACGACCAAUCUUCAAAGGCGAGGAGGCAAAGCAAGACUCUAAGAAGACGGUACCAUUUCAAAGGAAUCAGAUGGGCAAGAUUGCUGAGGUGCUUGGUAUUCCGAGGAAGGAGAGCUGGCCACUACUUCAAGCAAUGCCUGAAUAUCCUCAGUUACAAACUUUGGCCGCCGGCAAUCCUGCAGUCCAAAGGCCAAUAGGUUUGGACAAAUGGUGGGACAACCUUACUCGAAACAGUCAAUACUCGGCCGCAAACAUGCCGGCACCACAUCGAGAUGGACUAGCCAUGCUCAAGGCUCUCCUUGAGUACGACCCACUACAUCGACUAAGUGCUGAGCAUGCGCUUCGCCAUCCAUACUUCCUUCAUGAUGAAAGCAACUUACCAGCGGCGCCUCCAAAGAACUGCUUCGAAGGUGUCGAGCACAAAUACCCUCCUCGCAAGGUCAGUUCUGAGGACAAUGACAUUCGAACAGGCAGUCUGCCAGGCACAAAGAGAAGUGGGUUGCCCGAUGAUUCGUUCCUCAGAGCACCGAAACGGGUCAAGGAAAUGUGA